CGGUGAGGCCAAGGGAAUUCCGCCUGCCAUCAAACCGUCCCAGUCCUUACCAUAGUAGUCAGUUUGCUCUGAUAUAAAUAAUUUCCACAUCUGAAUGUUUAACACAGUCAGUCGUCUACAUUCAUCGUGUGGAUUAGAAUUAGACAAGAAAUAAUGAGGUUACUUUUAGUUUUUACUUUGGUGGUUGCUGUCACAGCAGAUGUGUCCCACCUUUUCUCGAGUAGUGAUAAUCUUCAGGAUGAUGGCUAUCACUACAAUAAACCAAGUGGUGGAGCAAUUGUAGAUAUCCCGGCUUCGCAUAGACACUCAGCUUCAGCUCCAAUCUCAAGCGCCUCAGGCUAUCAAGCAACAUCUUACCAUUCUAGCUCAUCUUAUAGCGCUGGAGCAGCUCCUGCCACAUCAUAUGGAUCGGUUGGACCUGGUGGCUCUUCUUACCAAGCUGCUUCAGCUCCGGCUGGUGUUUACUCAAGUGUCUCAUCUUACCAAUCCUCAUCAGCUCCUGCGGCAUCUGGAUCAUAUUCGGGUAGUUCAUCUUACCACGGUUCUUCAGGUUCAGCAGGUUCAGCAGGUUCAGCAGGUUCAGCAUAUGGUUCUAACUAUCAAGCUGCCUCAGCCCCAGUAGCUUCCGCUCACCGGGCAGUCCCAGCUGCUUCCGCUCCUGUCGCUUCUUCUUAUUCAAGCAGUUCAUCCAACCGGGCUGCUUCAAACUUUGGAAGUGCUGGUUCUUUCGGCAGCGCAUCAUCUACUUCAGCUUCAGCCCGUCUAGGUGCUGGUGCAAAAGAUGAAAGUGGAUACCAUUAUGAGCCUCCCAAAACACCUUUUGAAAGCCGACCGGAACCUGUGAAAGAGUAUUUACCACCACCACCACCACCACCAGCACCAAAACGUCCUCCACCACCACCUCCGCCAGCACCUAAACGUCCACCACCUCCACCACCACCACCACCGCCACCAUCUCCACCAAAAGAAUAUCUUCCUCCCGCACCAACCAAUAAACCAGCUCCUCCCGCGCGGCCUCCACCACCUCCUCCGCCAGCACCAAAGCGUCCACCACCUCCUCCACCACCACCACCACCAUCUCCUCCAAAAGAGUAUCUCCCUCCACCACCAACGAACAAACCAGCACCACCAGCGCGUCCUCCACCACCGCCAUCACCACCAAAAGAAUAUCUUCCACCAUCUUCCGGACCAAAGGGAUACAACUAUCCUAAUGACCCACAGCCACCAUUCACUUCCUAAGUGAAAUCGAUACGGAUAGCUAACGAGACUCUAUUUAGUAUUAGUCAACAGUAAAUAUGUUUUGAAUUAUCAUUAGAAUAGAUUUCCUUCUAUAUCUAAGAAACCGAUUACAUUGGAAAUCAAUAAAGUUUCUAAAUUGAAAAGUA